UAGUUAUUAUUGUACUGUAACAUAAAAAUAGCAUGGAUAAUAGAGCAAGCAGUAGCAAUGCUGAAAUGCAAAGCAACCCAUUUGCAGCUUUACUAGCUAAUUCUUGCAAUGAACCUAUGGAGGUUCCGAAACUAUCAACUCAAACUGAUUCACAUAUUGAUGAAAGCGGAAUUGAUUUGCCAGGACAAGUCAUCGAAAGCGAAAUAGAAUCUCAAGAUGUCACUCAAAUGACUUUUCCAAGUGAAUUAUCGAACUCAAAGUUGAACCAACAUAAAAAUGAUUUGGCGGAAAGAAUUUUUCUUUUGACUGAUAAUCAGCACCUUAAUACCAGUGAGGAAGUGAAAAGAGAUUUGCCUUCUUUCUGCGUUUUACUGGAUAAUGAUGAAAGUGGUCCAUUGCAUGAAACAGUCGAACAGCUCAUCUUCAACCGUCUUUUGUUAAUAGACCCUGAAAAAUCUCUCGUGAAACGAUCAGAAGAACAUAAUGAAACUACAGAAAAGGAGGCAAAAGAGGAUCGUCCUCUUGUUUAUUUAUUGCAAUCUUUCAACAGAUUAAUGCAUGAAGAAAAAUAUAUUCCACCAAAUCUUUUAUCGACAAUAUCAUUUUAUCGUCAACUGAUUGUUCGAAAUAUAUCAACUGCGUUUAUUAGCCCAGAAUUAUUUAUGGAAAUUGGAAAAGAAAAAGGAAUGGUUCACCAACAGUUUUAUAAUAUGCUUGUAUCGAAUGAUUGUUCGGAUCCCACAAGCCCUCCUAGACUUUGCUUGUAUAGUGUUGCUGAUUAUUUCUCAAUGAAUGAGCCUGAUCUGAUGGAAGCCGCUUUUGCACCAUUGCUGGAAGUUCUUGCAAAUGAUCUCAGCCUUGAUGAUUUAUUAGAUGCCGGAUUACACGUUCAUCUUGCUGUUUUGUCAACGUUCGCUGAGCAUCCUGGCUUAGCAGUUGUUACUUUGAAUCAUGAUGCUAAAAUAGAUGGAAAGUUGGUUAUGGAAGGAACACAAAAGAAAAGUUUUCUUGACAUUUUAUUCGGAAAGUCGUGUCUUGUUCCAGAUCCACAAACAAAAGCGUAUUUGUUUUUUGAAGAUGUUGCGAGGAUGGGUCCAACUGAGGUCGAAAAUGAGGAAUAUCAUCUUCAGAAUAAAACAGAUGGGUUCCAUUCUCAACUGUUUUCUAUUAUUAGACAGUUUCUGAAACACAAGUCUACCCGUUCUAAGACUUUGCAGUGGUUUGGUAAUACCGUUGCUCAUCAUGGUUAUCUUGCAAAAAUGUGGUCACACGAACACGUCGAUGUUUUUAUGGAUGUGUUUGGUCCAGAUGCGACACAACUUAAUAUUAGCAGCGUAUUACUUCGUCUUUGUUUGCCCUUCUGCUCAGAAAAAACUGUUGUAAUAGGUAUUGAAGAGGGGUCCUCGAAAUCAACACCUCCCAAGUUUUUAAAAAUUAAUUCAUCAUAUAUUGAUGUCACGGGACAGCCUGAUGCCCAUGCCAAGGGUGUACAUGGCGUUCAAUUACACAAGGAUACCCGGUUGCAAUCAACUGAAGACAAUACACCAGCGCCAGUAACUAUAGCUGACUCGUAUAAUUUUAUCACAGAGUGCUUUUUCUUAACACACCGUUCAAUUUAUCUCAGUGUCCAUGGCCUUAUCAAAAAAUUUUAUAAGUUGAAUCGAAGUUUAAAUCGUGAUGAAGAUGUUUAUCGUCAGAUUCGUGCUUCUGGACAAGAUCCAAAUGGACACGCAGCUCUUGUUGUCAAAAGGUUCGAGACGGGUAUGCGUAAUUAUUUGAGUAUAAAAGGAGUGUUAACUGAGCCCGCUUUUCUCAAAGCGUGCAUUCGACUUCAUGGUACAACAGCACAAUACUUGAAUCAUAUUGCCAUGUCAGACAACAAUGAUACACUGGCACGAGUUGUUCUACCCCUUCCUGAGGGCGAAACUGUGCCUAAAGGUCUUUACUGCAUUCCUGAAUAUGUUGUGGAAAACCUUACCGAUAUGCUAUUGUUUAUUUGGAGGUUCGAUCGUUCAUCGGCGCACUUGUUUAACCCAUUUAUCCAUGACAUUCUUCUUGUUAUUACGAUUUACAUGGGAAAUAAAAGUAGAAUGUCAAAUCCACAUUUGCGUGCCUCUCUUGCUGAAGUGUUACCAAUUGUAAUGCCUUUAUCUGAAGAUGAUAAUUCAAAAAGCAACAAAGAAGAAAUUUUCAAUGCUUUCCCGCAUUCUCCAUUCUUAACUGUUGCUACUCUUCAGCUUUUUGUCGACAUAGAGUUUACUGGCGAUCCAAAUCAAUUUGAGCAAAAGUUUCACUAUAGGCAACCCUUGUAUCAAAUCCUAAAAUAUCUAUGGCAGAAGAAAUCUUGUAAUGACAUGAUCAAGAAGCAUGUAAGAUUGGCUAUCAGUAAUAUUGAUGAGGUUUCGCAUCCUUUGUUUUUGCAAUUUACGAACCUGCUUCUCAAUGAUUCUAUUUAUUUAUUGGAUGAAGCCAUGGGAUUCUUGACACAAAUAAAAGGCCUUGAACGUGAGAAAGCAGCAGGCGAAUGGGAAGAAUUGAAUCAGCAGGAAAAAAUGCAAAAAGAAGGGGAGUUGAGACAGUUAGGAAUGCUGGCAAAAUAUCACAAUUUAUUAUCAAAUGACACUUUAGACACCUUGGUUUAUCUCACAGAAGCCGAAGAAGUCAAAGAACUUUUUAGUCAUCCAUCUCUGGCUGAUAGAGUAGCUGCCAUGCUUGAUGACUUUUUGCUAAAAUUAGUUGGGCCGAAAAUGGGUGCGCUAAGGGUACGAGAUCUUUCCAAGUACCAGUUCAAACCAAAAGUACUUGUAGUGGACUUAUGCCAAAUAUAUGUCCACCUUUGCGUAAAAGAUGAUUUUUGCCAUGCUAUAUCAAAAGAUGGUAGGUCAUAUUCUAAUAAGUUAUUUCCAAUGGCCUGUCAAGUUCUUAGACGAAUCGGUAAUGAAGAGUUACGACAGAAAAUGAUGGAAAUAUCUGAACGCGUCAAACUCUUUAGCAGUCAAGAGGAGGAAGAAGAAGAGAUGUUUAUGGAUGCUCCUGAUGAAUUUUUUGAUGCCUUAAUGUCAACAUUAAUGCGUGAUCCUGUGACUUUACCAACAUCAAAACAGGUUGUAGACAGAUCUACUAUAUCAAGACAUCUGAUGAGUGAUCCCACUGACCCAUUUAACAGAUCUUCUCUUACAAUGCAAGAUGUUAUCCCAAACACAGAGUUGAAAAAUAAAAUCACGCUCUGGAUUGAAGAGAAGAGGAAGAAAAAACUUGAUGAAUCUGAUAGCUAGUUCCAAUACCAUGUUUUAUGGCAUACUGCCGCUAUGCAAUUGUGUUGUGUGUAUAAUUUUCCUUUAUCCAUGGUAGGUGGUGACUCAAUCAUACAGUGAACUGGGUCAAGUAUAAGAUUGUACAAAUUCAAUUCGCUGAAAUAUAGGAUUUGCUUAUGCAUAUUUGUACAAAUUGCUGUACAAUGAUGGGAAUAUACCAAACAAUCGACAUCGACCGUUUAUACCUGAACCAUCAUCAAAUUAUGUAAAUAAUAUUUAGAAAGUAUACUUCUUCAUCGCUUGAGUAGCUGAGUAUUCAUUCUCAUCUUCUUUAAAUAUAGUCAUUCUGAAGUUUCACAGUGUUGUAUGUAUCAUGGUAUUCAAGAUACCUUUUGGUUCUAGCUCAAAUCGCUACUAAAUAUCAAUCACCAGUUUUGAGGCAG